CGCCGCGGCUCUCCCUCCACCACGCCGUCACGCCGGCCGCGCCACGCCACGCCACGCCACCAAGCCGCGUCUGGUCGCCGGCGCUCAGUCAGUGCAGUGGCGGUGACGCGAUAGCAGCCAUAGCAGCUGGCAUGGUGUGCUGGCGGCUGCUGCUGCCGUGUCUGCUGCUGGGGCGUCUCUGCGCGGCCGACUACACCCCCAGCACCACCACCGCCCGCCCCGUCCCCUGCCCGGCCGGCAUGCACCAGUGCAAGAUCAGCCCCAAGCAGAAGGGCUUCUCGUGCUUCCUGCCCGAGGCGGUGUGCGACGGCGAUGUGAGCUGCCUGGACGCGUCCGACGAGAAGGGCUGCACGUCCUGCAAGGGCGGCAGCGUGCUGUGCCCGCUGGUGUGCGCGCGGCGCUGCGACGGCGUGGCCGAGUGCGACGACGACCGCGACGAGGCGGCCUGCCCGCACUGCAGGGCCGGCGCCAUGCUCUGCCAGGGCCGCUGCGUCAAGGCAUGUCGCGACGACGGCGACCGGGACUGCGCCUGGCGGUGCAACGGCAAGAGCGAGUGCCAGGACGGCGGCGACGAGCUGCGCUGCUACCGCUGCGCCGAGGGCGUCCAGGACCUGAGCUGCGGCCGGCGGUCCGCGGAGCACCGCGCCCCAGGCUCGCCGCGCGCCUACCACGCCGUCACCUGCGGCCGUGAGUGCGACGGCGUGGAGCAGUGCCCCAACGGCUGGGACGAGAAGUCUUGCCCCGCCGAGGACGGCGACGCGGCCGCCCCGUUCAGGCGACCCGGCUGGAGAUGACACCUCGGCGUCGGUCGCGGCGCACCGCGCGGCCGUCGGACCGCUCCAAGUCGCGGACGCCGCCGAGAUUCGCCGGGUUUAUCUCCGGGGUCGGCCGUCGGCCACCGACCCAGUGAGAAAAUCCCCGCCUCGCCCAGUGUAGCGUGCGUGUGUGUAUGUGUGUGUGUGGAUUCGAGUCAGUGUGUACUAAGUCAAUUAGUCUAGGUCGUUUGGCUGUGAUAGUGUAAUGAAGCGUUGUGAUGACGUCAGUGAAGUGAGUCUCAGUCCUGAGGUCUCAGCCCAAGUAGCUCUGCAUUCCCCCGCAACCUGCAGCAAGCGGAACAGUUUGCGCCGGAUUCGGGUUUGACACCGGUCUCGUAACGAGAACGCCUUGUUCGCGGCUCCUCGAGCUGGUCGGCCACCCCGUCAGCCCUUCGCACAGUGGGCCAGAAGACCGGUGGAGGCGGCCAAAAUUCUACACCCGUUUUGAGCUCCGCUGAAUGGGCCUCGAAACGAACGUGUGACCCCGACCCCACCAAUGGAUUUCUCUCCGAACGAGGAAUCCAUUGGUGGGGUCACACGCUCAGUUCUAGUCCGGUUUAGCGACUCUGGAGCUCAAAACGCGUCUAGAGUUUAGGCCGCCGGUGCCGGUCUUUCGGCCCACUGUGCGUUGGGCCCUCGGCCCGUCGAGCGUACAGUGUGGGGCCAACGCGUGGCGCCUGCCGCGUCCCCAUGCAAAUUAGCAGGACUCGCACGCGCCAGUACGCGCCACUGUUAAAACAAGGACGUUCCUAGUAAAGUUACCGUUUAUUUUUGUACAACAAUAAAUGUUUAUUUUGCGAG